CUCAUUCACACUGAAGCUAUCUGCUGCGCGAGGCGCACACUGAAUUAUAGUAAUCGACCGCGCACAUUUAUCCACACAUGCCCAGAGGAGGAAUAAUAAUGUAACCAUCUCGAGUAACAGUUAGAAGGGAAAUUGGUCCGUUCGAAACAGGAUCCUUGUUGAAAAUACUCGCUGGCUCUUUUAAACACUGGUGUGUUGACCACAAGUGUCUGAAGACCAAUGGAGAACACGCCGCGCAUUGGGAAAGUAUUUGCACCUGGUGGCGCGCAGUCGCUGGACGAAACUUCCACCAUCUCGGUCUGAUCGCGGAAUCCUGUUUGGGGGAAUGAGACGUGAAAAGUUGGACUAAAUGGAAAUGUCGACGAUACAUGCCUCACCUUUGCCUAACAAAACCGACCAGCUUGAGGACGUGGACCCGGUUGGGAGUAACUGGCAGAUUCUCUUCGGUUUGUCUUUUGCGAUUGCCGGUGUCACAUUCAUGGGAGGUUUGUACUCGCUUAUAUCGUUGCUCAGGAUGAGGAGUAAGUCUUCCUUGUGUCUUCUAGUGGCUUCACUGUCCAUAGACGACCUGAUCAGCGUAGUUCCGCUCACUCUCUUCAUGAUCCUACAAUGGAGGAGCGGGGACGCAAACCGGUCGGGGGCAAUGUGCACCUUUUCCGGACUCUUGUAUAUUUUUCAAGGGUUGUCAAGCAAUAUGAAAGCCUGUCUCAUUGUUGUGUACACUUUAUACGUAACGAAGCGCUUUGGAGUAUAUCAGACCCCCAACCGACCCCUCGGGGUGUUUGUGGCUGUCAUCGCAGUGUGGACUGUCAGUCUGGUGGUCAGCGUCCUGCCCGUGUGCGGUUGGGGUCGCUUCGCUCCCGCGUCUCUCGGCUGUCUCCCGGAGAACGACAGCUUCUACGUGCUGCUUCUCUUCGCUGUUUACUCGCUGUGUUUUUGCGGGCUGAUAGUUUGCUGUGUUCCUCUCAUGUAUCAGCUCAUGUGCUCCACGGAGGCCCUGAAAACAUUUUAUCCGAGCUACCUUGAAAUUGCGGGGUCGGCUCCGCUAUGCGAGAUCCCCUCGCUGUCACGGGACAGCUUGGAGAAAAGUUUGGGAGCUUACAAUGAAUUCAACUCGACUACAGACAGUUUCAAGAACAGAACGGAGACAUACACCCUGUCGUAUUCCCCGUCGACUGGUCAUUUUCAAAAGGAUGCGGUCCAAAGUGAAAGACAUUCUCCUGUGUUUUUCUCCCAGAAGCGCUUCUCCAUGAUUCUGGCCAUGGCUCGAAUGGUUUUGUGGAUGCCAAUGAUGACCCAGAUCUUGGUGAGUCACACUGUUCACAUGCACAACUCGUCCCUGGAGACUCUCUGUUUUUUCCUGACCUUGCUCUCCGCGGCGGUCACCCCUGUGUUCGUGCUUUCAGAGCGCUGGAUCCAUCUACCAUGUGGCUGCUUUAUCAACUGCCGUCAGGGCUUGGGAUCCGAGCUCUCCACCGCAAAGAAAAGGAGGUUUGAAUUCAACCUCUCUUUCCAGCAAGGCUACAAUGUUUACAAGAUCUCCAACGCCAAGUCUCCUUCCAUCAAGAAACCAUCGUUUAACAGUUUAUACAGUUGUGAUUUCUCAGAGAGUAGAGUGGAAGUGUUGGACAGCGGUCAGAUCGGUAAAUUCAGCACCACGCCAGCGGAGGACAGCUCCCCCCACAGCGAGAUGCUGCUCGAGGAGAGAGCGGACGGCGAGCCGCAAAGCUCCGCAGAACGGGACGGACCAUGCAGUAUUUCUCCUCAGGUGUCUGCCAGCGAUCGGGAGGAUCUUAACCUAGACAACUCAUCCGUAUUCGACGGUCCGGAGAGGAGGCUGUCCCACGAGGAGUGUCAUAAAAUCGAGCUGACGGACUGGGAGUGGUGUAGGAGUAAAUCAGAAAGGACUCCGAGACAGAGAUCCACAGCUGGGUUGGCCAUACCGCUAUGUGCUUUCCAGGGCACGGUAUCCCUCCAUGCCCCCACUGGCAAAACCCUGUCCCUAUCCACCUACGAAGUCAGCAGUGACGGUCUAAAGAUCUCCCCCAACAAUGCAAAGAAAGUGGAGGUGUACCGCUCCAAAUCGGUGGGUCACGAACCCAGUGCUGAAGAACCCAACUCUGGAAAUGGGGGCGGAGGAGGCGGAGGAGGCGUAGGCGCUGGAGUCGCCGACACCAACGUUAAAAUCCACCUGGAGGUUCUGGAGAUCUGCGACAAUGAGGAAGCCAUGGACAGUGUCUCUAUAGUCUCCAACAUCAGCCAGUCGUCCAUGCAUGCACGCUCGCCCUCACUGCGGUAUUCUCGCCGUGAGAAUCGGUUUGUGUCGUGUGACCUAGGCGAAACAGCCUCAUACUCGCUGGUGAUCCCCACCAGUAAUCCGGAUGCGGACAACAUUAACAUCCACAUUCCAGACACAGUAGAAGCACAUAGGCAGAACAGCAGGAGACAGCACCAGGAGGCUGGUGGUUACCAGGAGGAAAUACAGCUGCUCAAUGAAGCCUAUAGGAGGCAGGCAGGUGACCAGGGGAACUGACACAAGCAGAUACAAAAGUGUACACCAAUUGGCUGAGAUGGCCCGGAAAAUUGAUGGUACUGGAUGGAAUGUUGGCAUGUGAUGGUUUAGGACAAAUAUUAAUAAACAGAAAGUUGCAGGUAGAAGAAAGCAUCCACACCCAAAGAUUGGUUUUCCUUCAAAGGACAACUGUACUGUAAAUCCCUUUGGAUAAAAUGCAGAAAUGUAAAUGUUUAAAGAAUCACAAGACAUACUGUAUGCUGUCAGGCUUUUUACCUAAGCAAGCAGAGGUAUAAAAAUAAGCUCGAAGCAUGAUGUGGGUCUCCGAUUUUGUAACUGCCUUUAAGUGUGAGCACCACAUCUUCAAGGUUAGCAUGCAGCAAGGGCUGGGGGUUUGGAGAAAGAAGUGAUUUAUAUGAGAAAGUACAGAUAAAAUGUGCUUCGGGGUACGACAAAUCUUAGAAUCGGGGAGGCUGGACAGAAAGUGAGUUUGCUCAGAUAUACCCUCAGUUUCAAGCCCCGGGGAAGAUAGAUCAGAAGGUUACGAUGACAACAGAGACUCGCCGUGAGAAGCGAACUGCCGUGGUUUAAAGUAUUGGAGAGUAAGCUGAAGUCCUUAUGCUUCUGCGAGUGACGUAUAGACUGAAAUAAAGGUUAUUGAGGCAUCAGAAAUAGUCAAUCAUAUCUGAUGUUCUGUCAUUUAUUGAAUACAAAUGAAAGUGCAUUGAUAGAGAGGGUUGAGGAGAGAGAGUCGAAUGGAGAAGGACAAUUAAUGUGUAUGUGGUGCUUGUGAGACAGACAAAGGAAGCGCUUGCGAGGGUGUGUGCAGAUUCGGAAGUAAAAUAAAUACAUUUUAGUAUUCUAGCUCAGGCAUAGACCGUAUGGCAUACUGAAAAAAGAGAUGCCAAAUGUGUACAUUGCGAAGCGUUACGUUUUUUUAAACCACAUCGCUUUUACCUUGUGUGUGUAUGUCUGAGUGCGUUUAACUGUAAACUUAGUACAUUAUAUGUGAACAUAAAUGCUGAUCGCUUUGUGUAUGCUUGCUGCCGUAUAUGUACAUCUUUAUUGUUGUACUAAAAGGCUGCACAUGUGCUGCUUUAUCUAAAUUCCUGAAUCUGACUGCUGUGCGAGAGAGAGAGAUCAUGCCAAUGGAUCAUUCCAGAAAUGUAAAAGUGAAUGUGAUGCAUAGGCCUAUUUUAGGUGGUAAUGUGUGUGCAAAUGAAUGCUCAUUUUAAAGUCACUUAGGAUUCCCCCCUCCCCAUUUUCAAUGCACUGCAUUUGCAAUCAGAAAUUUGAGCCAGGCCACUCACUCGCAUUUAAAACAGGCUCUGAAAAUGGAGCAUUCGUGCAUGAUUCAAUAGAUGCCUGAGAUUCUAAGAAAAAUGCAGACUGUGAUGAGUUCGCUUACUUCCAUUUUAGCUCUGCCACAUCAGUAUAACAAUUAUUUAAAAAUGUGAAAAUUAAAUGUAAGGCUAACAUCAUUCAGGCUCAAUGAAUACCUAUUUAUAAUUUCUGACAGACAGUGUUAUUUAUUUAAUAAAUGUCAAAUUAAACUUGUUUUUCAUCUUGUAUAUUUCGAAUAGCAGAUCUUGUUGUAUUUGUUGUCAAACAGCAAAAUAGCUGAGGCAUAAUGCUCCAAAAUAUUUUCAUCUAUUCAAUGUUCUCAUUAAAGAUUUAUU